AUGGACACCAGUCGAGCACCAGGAGCCGUGACGACUAUAACGAGGCCUGAUGACACCGAGACUACUCCUUUACUUGGAGAGCCCGCAGUCUACGAAGCUCCCAAACCGCCAAUGUGGAGGAGGACAGUCUCAAUAAUCGCAGAGCUGCUGUUGCUGUUUGUAGUGGUGCUAUCUUGGUUCUUUGCUUGGAACCAUGGCAUGUCUGUCUUCACAUGGCAUCCGAGUGCCAUGAGCUCCUUUGUCUUUUUAUCGGUAUCGGCUGUUCUCGCAUUGCAACAGGCCACCUCGAACUUAUCACGGAGGGACGCUUUCUCGGUUCACUGGAGGAUGCAGAUUCUGGCUCUCCUCAGUCUUAUUGUGGGAUUUUGCAUCAUCUUAUAUAACAAGAUCCAGCACAAGGCAGACCACUUUACAUCGCUACAUGGACAGUUUGGCUUAACGACAUUCGUGCUUGCCAUAUUGCAAGGCGCUUUUGGUCUAUCGAGAAAGUCAUGGGUUUGGGCUGCUGUAGGAAUGCGGUAUCAGCGAAUCGUCGCCAUGCAUCGACUUGCUGCUCUCGACUCUGACUGGGUCGUAAUGUAUUGGAAGCCACAUGAGUUUAUAUUAGCAGCAAAGGCCUGCAUAGUGGCUACAGGUCUCGUACUUCUUUUCCACGCUCAAUGGUGGAGAGUGCUAAAGCUCGCAUUGGAAAAGGAACCCUCUGCAUAA